AUGAAUCCUCCAAAAUUUUAUGGUUCAAAGGUUGAGAAAGAUCCUGAAGAGUUUAUUGUUGAGGUCUAUAAGGUGUUUGCCAUCAUGGGAGUGACUCCAGUGGAAAUGGCAGAAUUGGCCACUUAUCAACUUAAGGGGGUUGCUCAGAUUUGGUUUAACCAAUGGAAAGAAGCAAGAUCGGUAGAAGUAGGUCCAAUAGAAUGGGAAAGGUUUAAAUCUGCUUUUCUUGAUAGGUUCUGGCUAAGGAAUGGUUCUUAUAAGGUUCCCCCAAGGUUCAACAAUGAAAGAGUGUCUAACCCUAAGCCUCAAGGAGGUGGUAAUGGGUCUUCAUUGCCAGAUUGUGCUAAAUGUGGAAGAAAGCAUGAGGAAAAUUGUCUAGCGGGUUCUAAUGCUUGGUUUGGUUGUGGUAAGAUGGAUCACAAGAUAAGGCAUUGUCCUUCGGUCCCAAGAAAUGAAGGAGAUAGUCGUCGUAGGGCCCAACCCUGUCCUUCAUUUGCUCCAAGUGUUUCGGAUGUGAAUGCUCCUAAGCAGAAUCGAUUCUAUGCACUCUAG